CUUUCUCUUUCCUCUUCCUUCUUCUUCUUUCUCUCUCUCCGUCUUCGUCGGUCUUUUCGUCUAAAACUAGAACGCGUGGCGUUUACAGCGUAGGGUUAGGGAUAGAAUUUAUCUCCUUACAUCAUGUCGUCCAAAGUUUCCCGUGACACUCUCUACGAGUGUGUCAAUGCAGUCAUCACCAACUCGCAGGAGAAGAAGAGGAAUUUCCUGGAAACGGUUGAGAUACAAAUCGGUCUGAAGAACUACGACCCCCAAAAGGACAAGCGUUUUUCUGGCACUGUCAAGCUGAAGCACAUUCCCCGGCCCAAGAUGCAGGUGUGUGUCCUUGGGGACCAACAGCAUUGUGACGAGGCCAAGGCUAACAAUGUCCCUUACAUGGACGUUGAGGCUUUGAAGAAGCUCAACAAGAACAAGAAACUGGUCAAGAAAUUGGCUAAGAAAUACGAUGCGUUCCUGGCGAGUGACGCUCUGAUCAAGCAGAUCCCUCGUCUGUUGGGUCCCGGUCUGAACAAGGCUGGUAAGUUCCCUGGUCUGCUAUCUCACCAGGAGUCCAUGGUACAGAAGAUCGAUGAAGUCAAGGCCACCAUCAAGUUCCAGAUGAAGAAGGUGUUGUGUCUGUCGGUGGCCGUGGGUCACGUAGGGAUGACUCCGGACGAGCUUGUGCAGAACGUCCACUUGUCCGUCAACUUCCUCGUCUCUCUGCUGAAGAAGCACUGGCAGAACGUCAGGUCCCUACACAUCAAGUCAUCAAUGGGGCCUCCCCAGCGAUUGUAUUAAUCAAUAAAUGUUUUAUGUUAUUGACCUAA